AGUGCCUACAAGAGGUUCAGUGAACUGCUGCCAAAGGAGGAGAGGGAGAAUGCCUGCUCCGCGCGGGUUCCCAAGAGCCAGAUCCUGACGUUGCCUGAGCUGCGGGCAAACCCCUUCCAGCACCGGAUCUGCCGGGUGUUCUCCACCUCCUAUAAUGGGGACGACAGCAUGUCCUUUGAAGACUUCCUUGAUAUGCUUAGCGUCUUCAGCGACUCCGCUACCUCGGACAUCAAAUCCCACUACGCCUUCCGCAUCUUUGACUUUGAUGACGAUGGGACUCUGGACAGAAAGGACCUGGAGAAACUGGUGAACUGUCUGACGGGGCAAGGCGAGCAGUCCCGGCUGAGCAACACGGAGAUGGAGCAGCUCAUCCAAAACAUCCUGGAGGAGUCCGACAUCGACAAGGACGGCACCAUCAACCUCUCCGAGUUCCAGCACGUCGUCUCCCGCUCCCCAGACUUUGCCAGCUCCUUCAAGAUUGUCCUGUGAGAGCCCUGCAGCUCUCCAGCGGAACUGCUCCUCCGGCUGUUGCAGCUCUUCGUGGUCUCAGACGUUUCCUCUUUCAGGGAGCAGAGCGGCAGAGGCCCCCACUCCUCACCAGCCUGGCAGUGCCACACAGUGCCUUAGGCAGGACACUCUCCUGCUCCC